AUCAUGUUACUGAGUAUCUUGGAUCUGCUGCAUUCAGCAAAGCCAUACAGGCACAUGACCUGCAUACGGGCAUGGAUGUUUGUGUGAAAAUCAUAAAGAACAACAAGGAUUUUUUUUAUCAAAGUCUCGAUGAGAUAAAGCUUCUCAAGUAUGUGUACAAGCAUGAUCCUGUUGAUAAGUACCAUAUUCUCUGGCUGUAUGAUUACUUCUACUACCAGGCACUUCAAUUUUUGCACGGUCUUGGUCUUAUACAUUGUGAUCUAAAGCCUGAAAAUAUAUUAGUGAAAAGCUACAGUAGAUGUGAGGUCAAGGUCAUUGAUCUUGGGAGUAGUUGUUUUGAGACAGAUCAUCUAUGUUCUUAUGUUCAAUCCAGGUCGUAUCAUGCACCAGAGGUUAUCCUGGGGCUUCCAUAUGAUAAGAAGAUAGAUAUCUGGUCACUUGGCUGCAUCUUGGCAGAACUUUGUACUGGAAAUCCAAGUGUCUUGUUGAGAGGGAAAGCCAUUCCUUUCAUUUGCACAGUGCUUUUGUCCAUUGACAAAAUGCAAUGGUCUUUUCUUGGCAAGGGUCGAGUUGUGUUUGAGUCUAGCAUUAUGAAAUGAUGUAAUCAUGGAAAGCACGAUUUAUUCUGGGGGUCUCCUUCAUCUCAACAUCUCAACAUAAUAUGGUAGAAGGGGGAUUGUAAUCCUGUUGUACAUGAUGUGUGAUAAUUCAAUUUUAUAGCUAUUUUAGUAGCUAUAUUAUAGCUAGUGAAAGAGUUGGAUAUCCAAUUAUGGUUGGCUUGUAAUGUGAGCUGUGAGUUGUAUGUGUAUCAAAGUUUGGAGCAAGGCAGGCACUUUCAUUGUUUUGAUUUUGCAACAUACCACAGUUACGAUGGAUAAAGCUUUUGGAAAGUUUUUGGUUGAAAAAGCUUAUGAAAUGAUAAAAUUAAAAUUGUGGA